GGGAAGGGGAGAUUCCAGCAGAAUUAUUAGCAGACCAGAAUUUCAGUUUGAAUAUCCCAAAUCGUUACACAGUUCAGUUGCAAUCCACAAUGGAAGCACGGAGCAGCGUCCCUGAAACUGUUAUACAAAAUAGCACUAUUUUCGUUUACUACUAAAACAGCUUCUGCAGAGGUUAAAGAAAAAUGUAUUUCUAAUCAAGGAAAGAGAAAUCAUUUUUACCUAAUCAGACGAGGAUUAGACCAUAAGACGAGGCUAAGUGAGGAGAUUAUGAACUUAAAAAUGAAAUUCUAUUCCACCAUGUAUCAGACUAACAGCGAAACACUUUUAAUUUAUAUGAACCUUCCGACUGUGGUAUGUGAAGGAACAUGAAGAUACAAAGUGUCAAAUCUUUGAAAUAAAAAUGGAAGGAAAACCAAAACGUUAGCCAACAGGGCAUAUUGAUAAAAGACAUAAUGUUGAGAAAUAUAUAUAUAUAGAAAAGCACAUAAUGCACGGUGAUAAAAACGCAAAUGACUGACAUUUUAAAGGCGAUUACUUGAAAGCAUGAGUUCUGUGGACAGUAAACGUCAGCGAUUCAUUGUGUUGAAGUAAAUACAGAAAUGAUCACUUAAUGAUUUCAAUGGCAGAGAAGUGUUUUGAAAAUAACAUUGAUAAUACUUACUAUAAAUUAUACGAAAAACGCUGAAUGGUUUGCAACGGGCGCUGCUCCGGACAUUGAAUUCUAGUUCAGAAUACAGUUCUGAAUACAGUUCUGCGGUCAUUUCGUUAGCGGUUCCCAUUAAAAAAAAAGGUGUUAAUCAACGAAACAACUUUCGAAGCUACAUUUUUUCUUGGAACAGAAAAAAUAUGAAUUCUGAAACGCUGAAAUUAUUUUCGGAAGGUCUAAAUAUGUGAAUAAUGGUGAUAUUUACGAAAACAUAGGUGGAGAUUAGAAGUAGAAAGACGGAGACGGAUAACCAGUGGGUAUCAAAAGAAACAAAAAUUAGUAACUUUUAAAUAUAUGUCAACAUGAAAUUAACACUGAACUUGACCUGAAUUCAAUAAGUCCAGGAAUUACAGGGCUUUACGAUUUGUGCGAUUUGAAUUUUCAAAAACGCAAUUGCACAAAAUAGCAAUGCCAAAAGAAGAACAAGAUUUGUACACCAAAAGAGGAACCAUAAAGAUGAACGGAAAUAUCUGGGGAGUACAAAUAUUUCUUGUAGCUAUUAUAUGCACCUACAGCUUUCGUUCUGUGGAAUGUCUUCCAAGGACAAUUCGUGUCGGUGCCCUCUUUGAAGAAGAAAAUGAAUCGCAAGAAUUGGCAUUUCGUUCUGCGAUUGAAAAAAUUAAUCUUCUGAGUGAAAUAAUACCUAAUAGCCUCCUUAUUGAAGAUGUUCAACACGUCCGCACUCAUGAUAGCUUCCAUGCAUCCCGCAGAGUAUGUCAACAAAUUAAAAAAGGUGUUGCCGCAAUUUUUGGACCAAUAUCUACUGUAUCUGCUGCACACGUGCAAUCAAUAUGUGGAUCACUUCAAAUUCCGAACUUACACACAGAAUGGGAUUCGAGGGAUGUAAAUGUCAGGAGUUUUUUCGCCAUCAACAUUUACCCCCACUACCAGACAAUGGGAAGAGCUUACCUAGAUCUUAUCCGGUACUGGGGUUGGAGGAAGUUUGCAGUUUUAUAUGAAGAUAAUGACGGGUUAGUACGACUUCAAGAGAUACUAAAAGCUACUCAAGACAACGACUUUGAGGUUACAGUGCGUAAAUUAGAAAUGGUCAAUGGGAACUAUAUAUCCAUCAUGAAGGAACUAAAGAACAAUGGAGAGUUUCGCAUAAUGGUCGAUUGUAAUACCACAUUCGUCAAAAUGAUUUUAGCAAAUGCGUUGGAAUUAAACAUGACAACAGAAUAUUUUCAUUAUUUGUUUACCACUCUUGAUAUACGCUACGAUGAGCUAAAAGAAUUUACGCACCACGGAGUCAACAUAUCGUCAUUCCGCUUGGUCGAUCCUACAAAACCUCAGGUCGUUCGUGUUUUAAGUGACUGGCGAUUGGAUCAAAGUCGAAGAGGAAAAUCUCCACUAAUGGGAGGCACAGAAGUAACGACAGAAACCGCGUUGAUGUACGAUGCUGUCCUCCUGUUUGCCGCAGCGCUACAGGAAUUAGCUAAAGCUCAAGAUGUGGAUACCAGUGAACUGAACUGCGCCCAUUCAAAUACAUGGAAGUAUGGCACAAGUCUUAUAAACUAUAUGAGGAGGGUUAACAUAGAGGGUUUGACAGGGAGAAUACGUUAUGAUGACCGGGGUCUCCGAACUGAUAUUGACCUCGAUAUUUUAGAACUCUCCAAGAUUGGAUUUGACAAGAUAGGCAUAUGGAAUUCUCUUUCUGGCAUUAAUAUAACCAAAAAUUACGUUUUGAGCCAGAGGAAAAUUGCAGAGUCUCUUGCAAAUCAUACCCUCACAGUGGUAACACUUUUGGAACCUCCCUAUGCCAUGCUAAAGGAAGAAGAGAGUGGCAAGAAAACUUAUCAAGGAUUUGCAAUCGAUUUACUACGAGAAAUUGCACUGAAACUGAAAUUUAACUACACAGUUUAUAUUGUUAAAGAUGGCACAUACGGUGCACCAAAUGAUAAAACAGGUGAUUGGAAUGGGAUGGUGAGAGAACUUAUCGAAAAGAAUGCUGAUUUGGCCGUGGGAGGCAUGUCGAUCACUUACCUGAGAGAGAAAGUAAUUGACUUUACCAAACCUUUCCUUAAUGUCGGAAUCACCAUUCUGUUUAAGAAACCCGAAAAACAGCCCCCACAAUUGUUCGCCUUUUUGGCUCCACUUUCAAUCGAGGUUUGGGUAUAUGUGGUAGCAGCUUACUUAUGCGUCAGUUUUAUGCUGUUCGUACUAGCUCGCUUCAGUCCUUAUGAAUGGUAUAACCCACAUCCUUGCAACCCAGAUUCUGAUGUGGUGGAGAACCAAUUUACAAUUCUCAACAGCCUCUGGUUUACUGUCAGCUCGUUGAUGCGGCAAGGUGACUGCUGCGAAUUCUCUCCGAGAGCUAUUUCUACAAGACUAGUCAGUGGUACGUGGUGGUUUUUCACACUGAUCAUGAUAUCGUCCUACACUGCCAAUCUGGCCGCUUUUCUCACUGUGGAGCGGAUGACUUCACCCAUUGAGCGAGCAGAUGACCUAGCUAAACAAAGUGAUAUAAAAUACGGCACUUUAUAUGGUGGAUCAACAAUGACUUUUUUCAAGACCUCUAAAAUUCCAAUAUUUCAAAGAAUGUGGCACGUAAUGGAUUCUACAGAUCCAAGCGUGUUUGUUAAUUCCUCUCAAGAGGGUAUUGACCGUGUUCUAAAGGGUAACUACGCCUACCUGGGUGAGUCGGCAAUUAUCGACUACAACGUGCAAAGAAACUGUGAACUUAUGCAGGUGGGUGGGCGUCUAGACUCUAAGGGAUACGGGAUCGCAACCCCUAGAGAGUCUCCGUACCGGGACCUCAUCUCAGAUGCCAUCUUAAAACUGCAAGAGGAACAAGUAAUAACUCUAUUAUACAACAAAUGGUGGCGUGAAGGUUAUGGAGCGGUGGAAUGUCCAAACGAAGAUGCUAACAAAGAUGCAAGUGAAUUGGGCGUUUCCACCGUCGGGGGCGUAUUUGUCGUGCUCGGCGGCGGAUUGGCCACCGGCCUGAUCGCUGCCUUAAUGGAGUUUGUGUGGAAAGCAAAGAAAAAUGCUGAAGAAGAUAAACGUUCCAUUUGUGCAGAGAUGAUGAGAGAAUUCCGGUUCGCGAUGAAAUGUUUUGGAUCAUCGAAAAAAACAGUCAAAAAAGGUCCCCGAAAGAAGAGCAUAACUGAUAAUGGCAUACAUUUUAUGCCUCUAGCCGGGUUUAGUGCUGCUAGCGGGAAAGAAGCUUACGGCUAAAUUGUAAGCAGGGGAGGUUGGUGAUGGGUAGCAGUUUGACAAAUAUGUAGUAUGUCGUUGACAUCAGCGAGGGAAAAUAACAUCAACCCUUGAUGACACAACGAUUUUUUCAAUCUAUAUAUCUAUCAUCUCCUCCCCCACACGCAAACUCAGUGAGUAGCAUGUCUAGGAUGGUUUCAACACUCCGACAAAAAUGUUUCAACAGCCACCCUCUAACGAUGAGGUCAUUGUUAUUUCUGGGUGGAUUGAAACUGGCGUUUACCAAAGUCUAACUUCUAGUUGUCAACAAGAGCAAUGAAAACAAUAAUGAUAAUGAGGUUAAUUACGCAAUAAUGCAUACGUUAUAGUAUUACUAGUGAUAAUAACAAUAAUGAUGGUUAGAAUAUUAAUAAUAAUUUCAAACAACAACAACUAUAGUAGCACACAAAAUUGUAAGGAUAUCCAUGCUAAAUGGAAAUUAUAAUAAUAAUAAUAAUAAUAAUAUUAAUAAUAAUAAUAAUAAUAAUAAUAAUAAUAAUAAUAAUAAUAAUAAUAUAAACAGGGAGCAUCAACGUCUAAUAAUACUAGUAAUAAUGAUAUUUUGUAAGCAUGGUCAUUGAUCUCUACAUUUUUUUUACCGCUUAAGUAUAACUGAGAAAUGCUAAAAUAUAGAUGAUUGCAUGCUAUGAUUACUUCAUCUUGUUUGGAUGUAAGUGAAAUCGUGUAUCAGAAAAUUCCCAUUCCUUUGUUUCACCAUUGUCACUCACCAUCUCACAUUGUCAUUCUCAUAAGCAUAUGCAUCAUUAGCAGCAGAAUUUAUCACUACGGAGACAAACAUUGCCAUUGUUCGAUUCUAUGUUUAACAUGACGACACUGUUUCAUUUGGCAGGAUCGAUAAAAGACAUCAGACAUCAGAAGGG